AUGAAACUGCUUACCCAGUUUUUGUGCCUUUUGGCGGUUUUGCUCUCAACAGUUGAGAGUGCUGAAAAACGAAAGGCUUUUUGUUAUCUUCCCUACGAAUUUGGUAAAUGCGGAGGUCAUCGCAUUAUGUGGGCUUUUUCGAAUAAGGAACAAGAGUGCGUUCCAUUCGUUUUCUCCAAUUGUGGCGGCAAUGAAAAUCGCUUUUAUACCAAGGAAAACUGCGAGAAAGCUUGCGCAACAAUUCAAUCCCGAUUUGUUCUCGCUAAUUAAUAUAAACCGAUUUUUUUUUUUACCAAAACUCAAGGCAAAUGUCCUACUUUACCCAACGUUUGCAUUGUGUCCAAAAAAAUUCAAUGCAAAUUUCAACGCUCACCUUUCUCUCUUAUUGGCCAUUUUACUCGUACACUUUAAAAUUAUUUUUGAUUUAUACAUGGUAUAAAAUAAUUAAAAAAAAUUGUUUUUUAUAAAAAA